CAGCGCGCUCCGACGUGCCCUGGAACUUACCCUCCCUCAGAGACCAGCCUGCGGGGACGCCCGGCAGUGGCGGCCACCGAGCGAGCGCUUUUCAGGCGGUCUCUCCGUCCUCUACCACAUCGCCGGAUGAGGAGGGAGCUGCCCGUCGCGAGGUCUCCGGCCCUUGGUUUAAACGAAGCAACAGAUGUUUACAGCCUUCUAAGUGAUACAUUAAUGCAGCAAGACACAAGGCAUAAUGUGGCAUACCAUCUGUCUUGAGAGUGAGUGUUACUGAGUGAAAAUGGCUGAGAGAAGCGGGAGGAUUGCUGCUGGACAAGUGUGUAUUGAGGUGGAAUAUGAUUAUGAGUAUGAAGCAAAGGGCAGGAAGAUCGUUAUCAGGCAAGGGGAGCGGUACAUCUUGGUGAAGAAGACCAACGAUGACUGGUGGCAGGUCAGACUAGAUGAGAACUCCAAAGCAUUUUAUGUGCCAGCGCAGUAUGUCAAGGAGGUCACCCGUAAAGCACUGAUGCCACCUGUGAAGCAGGCAGCUGGAUUGCCAAAUAAUUCCAUGAAGACAAUACAGAGCAUGCACCUCCAGAGAUCGACAGAAAAUGUGAACAAAAUGCCUGAGCUUUCAAGCUUUGGAAAGCCAUCAUCAUCUGUUCAAGGAACAGGUCUUAUUCGUGAUGCCAAUCAGAAUUUUGGAUCCAGUUAUAAUUCAGGCCAGACUCUCAACCUAAGCCUGGACCUGACCCAUAAUAACGGAAAGUUCAACAGUGACUCACAUUCUCCUAAAGUUGCCAGCCAGAACAGGACACGGUUAUUUGGUCACUUUCCCGGACCAGAGUUCUUGGACGUAGAGAAGACUAGCUUCUCCCAGGAGCAGUCUUGUGACUCAGCUGGAGAAGGCUCAGAGAGAACACAUCAGGAUUCCGAAUCUGGAGACGAGCUCAGCAGCAGCUCCACAGAGCAGAUGAGGGCAGCCACACCCCCUAAUCAUGGAAGGCCAGAUUCUCCAGUCUAUGCUAACCUGCAGGAACUGAAAAUAUCACAGUCUGCUCUCCCUCCACUUCCUGGGAGCCCAGCAGUUCAAGUCAACGGAGAGUGGGAAACUCACAAAGACAGCUCAGGCCGCUGCUACUACUAUAACCGUGCAACCCAGGAACGAACCUGGAAACCACCCCGAUGGGCUCGGGAUACCGGCACAGUCCGGGAUUUCCAGAGCCCAGGAGAGCAAGAGCCUCUUCCGUCAGAAGAGAACUACCACAGCAGUUAUUUCAGCCAGUCAGAUAGUCAGUGUGGCUCUCCUCCAAGGGGUUGGUCAGAAGAGCUGGAUGAACGUGGGCAUACCUUGUAUACCAGUGACUAUACUAAGGAGAAGUGGCUCAAGCAUGUUGAUGAUCAAGGUAGACAGUAUUACUACAGUGCAGACGGAUCUCGGUCAGAAUGGGAACUGCCAAAGUAUAAUGCUUCAUCUCAGCAGCAAAGAGAAAUAAUUAAAAGUAGGAGCUUGGACAGGCGGCUGCAGGAACCAAUAGUGCUAACCAAGUGGAGACAUAGCACCAUUGUGUUGGAUACCAAUGAUAAGGAUUCUCCAACUACCACAAAACUCUGCUUACCUGAAAAUGAAUCUCCUCCUACCUCAUCAAAGCAUCAAGAUCCAGGUCAGGAGAAAUACGGCUUGUUAAAUGUAACAAAAAUUACUGAAAAUGGGAAAAAGGUUCGAAAGAACUGGCUGUCUUCUUGGGCAGUGUUACAGGGUUCAUCUUUACUUUUUACGAAAACUCAAGGAAGCAGUACAAGCUGGUUUGGGAGUAAUCAGUCCAAACCAGAAUUCACAGUGGACCUGAAGGGGGCAACGAUUGAAAUGGCAUCAAAGGACAAAUCCAGCAAGAAGAAUGUAUUUGAGCUGAAAACUCGGCAAGGGACAGAACUGCUAAUUCAGUCGGAUAAUGAUGCUGUUAUUAAUGAUUGGUUUAAAGUCCUUAGUAGUACUAUCAGCAACCAGAAAACCUCUCACCAACAGGCAGCAGAGGCCAGUGAAGCAGCUGAAGAGGAGGCACCAGAUUCUCCUGGACUAGAAAAGCAGGAUAAAGAAAAGGACCAGAAGGAGCUUAAAAAACUUCGCUCAAUGAAAGGGUCCAGCAUGGAUUCUUCAGAGCAGAAGAAAACUAAGAAAAAUUUAAAGAAGUUUCUUACCCGACGCCCCACUUUGCAAGCUGUUCGUGAGAAAGGUUAUAUCAAAGAUCAGGUAUUUGGAUCUAAUCUUGCUAAUCUGUGUCAGAGAGAGAAUGGGACAGUGCCAAAAUUUGUGAAGUUAUGCAUUGAGCACGUUGAAGAACACGGUUUAGAUGUUGAUGGUAUCUACAGAGUGAGUGGCAACCUUGCAGUGAUCCAGAAGCUGAGGUUUGCAGUCAACCAUGAUGAGAAACUGGACUUGAAUGACAGUAAAUGGGAAGACAUUCAUGUUGUCACUGGAGCUCUCAAAAUGUUUUUCCGAGAACUACCAGAGCCUCUUUUUACGUUUAAUCAUUUCAAUGACUUUGUUAAUGCAAUCAAACAAGAACCGAGGCAGCGCGUCACUGCCGUUAAGGACCUGAUUAGACAGUUGCCAAAGCCAAAUCAAGAUACAAUGCAGAUUCUGUUUAGACACCUCAAAAGGGUUAUAGAAAAUGGAGAAAAAAACCGAAUGACCUAUCAGAGUAUAGCAAUUGUUUUUGGCCCCACCCUGCUGAAGCCAGAGAGAGAGACUGGUAAUAUAGCAGUUCAUACUGUGUACCAAAACCAGAUUGUAGAACUGAUUCUCCUGGAACUGAGCACCGUCUUCGGACGCUGACUCUGAUUCAAAGCAACCUGUGGAGUGGAUGCUGGAUUCCGAGGUUUCAAGUAAUAGACAUGGUGUGUGUCGGUUUGGACCAAGCAGAGACUCGGAUUUUGCACUUUUUUUGAGGGUCACAGAGGAAGGAGCGUGAAGAUGCCAGCUGGGCCCUCAUUUGCUGCUUUGUUGCAAGCAAACAGCAAGCUACAACUGUGUAAUUUUGGAUUCAUUUUAUCCUGGAUGCUUGCAUUCAUACUCUGAAUAUCAGUAAAAAUGAAAACUCAGAUCCUAACCAGUCAUAUACACUGGAUAAUUUGGUAAGGAAAACUAUGUGAGUCCCUUAUGUCGUUGUCUUUGCUGUCCCCAAUCUGGAUAAUGUAGAUUCCUUCUCAGUGGCGUGUAAGCUCUUUACUUGGUACAAUGAUAGUCACUGUCAGUUAUUUGUAAAAUGUUCUUGGGCAUUUAAUGAAGUUGAUCCAUUUGAGACCUGUGUACUGCUUUUUUUCAGGGUUUUUGCAUAAGUGGCAGUCUUAAGUGCCGAAGUUAAUAGCCCAGAUAGAAUCCAUGGGUGAA